AUGGCGCCAAAGAAGCAGGGCUACUUUCCGCCCGGCUUUCGUCCUGGUGGGGACAAUACCACUUUGCUGGAAGGCGUUGCGGGCAACCUUCGGCCCCAGGCCAACUUUAGCACAUAUGUGGCGACUUUUUAUCCCACCGACUUUGUGCAAAUGUUGGCUGACGGCAGACAGGUCGAGCAACUUUGGCGGCCCGGCACUCUGCACCCGAUGCACUUUCCUCCUGGUGAGCAGCUCACUUUGGAAGGCAUCUUGCAGACUUUGUUCCCUGGGAGAGAACACCCGGGACUUUAUACGCCGCCAGAGCAGAUCUACCUGGCCGCGACCACUUUUCAGUGGCUUUUUACGGCAAUGCUGAUGUCGGUGCCGGCGACUUUGCCACCGAACAUUUUUGCAAACUUUAUGCUGUAUGUGACUUUGCCGUUGGCUAUGUUCCAGCAGAAGAUGCAGACUUUGAUGGGCGGAGGAGCUUUGCACUUUUCUGGUGCAGAUGCGUUUUGGGGUGACGAUUUGCACCUCAACUUUUCGUUUAGCCCUCGGUCAGCGGUACUUCUGUUUGCCUUUGGACUUUCCAUCAAGAAGAUGGCAUGCACAACUUUUCAGGUUGGCCAACUGGUCACUUUGGGUUCCGGCCGACCCAACAACUUUGGAUGCAGCUGGUGUCCACUUACGCCGUCUGGAACAGGCGUUAUUUGGAUUACUUUUUCGCUCUGCCGCGAGAAGGAUCCAUUACUUUGGACCACUUUUCUCAAGAAGGCCGCUGCAUGCUUCAGAGAGUCGCCAUGGUGGAGACUUUUCCACCUGCCAGUCAACCGGCAACUUUGGGAUGCCACGACGCAGUCUCAGACUUGGGACUUUAUCCCUCGGGAGCUUUGGCAGGCCAUGGCGAGGCCUCGGCUUUAA